GGUUGUUUCGUUCAAGAAAUUUUGAAUAGUUCAACGUUCGUUUUUACAAGAAAAAAUAUAUUUUUCUACUAUGGCACCGAAAAGCAAUAAAGUUAGUGUAUCGACUAAACUUAACAGUAGUGCGAUAAAAAAGGGCGGUAAAGCUCAGAAGAAUAUAAUAGAUAAAGUCGAUAAGAAGAAAAAGAAGAAAAGAAAGGAAACUUACGCAAUCUAUAUUUACAAAGUAUUGAAACAAGUACACCCGGACACUGGAAUCUCGAGCAAAGCUAUGGGAAUUAUGAAUAGUUUCGUUAAUGAUGUCUUCGAUCGUAUUGCUGCGGAAUCAUCGAAAUUGGCUCUAUACAACCAUCGUUCAACUAUUACAUCUCGGGAAGUACAAACUGCUGUAAGAUUAAUACUUCCUGGUGAGCUCUCUAAACACGCUGUUAGCGAAGGUACCAAGGCUGUUACCAAAUACACGGGUAGCAAAAUGAUGUGAUGAAAUAUUCCAACUAAUUAAGAUGUAAAUAUACUUAAUUGUACUUGUUUAAUUAUCUAAAUGUUGUAUCAAUUUAGUAUUACUGUGUAAUUGAUUGCAUGCAAAUUGUUUUACUUACGUUACUCUCCUUUUCAUUAUUUCAAUUAAUUAAUAUAAGAUUAAUGAAAUAUUUUCAACGUUGUAAGGAAAUAUCUAAAAUUCAUAUAGGGGUCGUACCAUGUGACGAUACAAGCGAAUUUAUAUAGAACGAUACUUGCGCCAAAGCAUGUUGUAACUAAAGGGUUAAUA